AUGUCGGCAAAUAAAACUGAAGUUGACAAUUAUUCAACAAUAAACGAUGUCGAAUAUCUUACGGUGCCAUCAAUAUUUACUGGUGAAAAUAUUUAUUCAGCGAAUGUUGAUAUUACUAGUGAUACAUUGGCCGAUUUGGAAGAAACUUAUCAACAUUCAUUAUCAAACCAUGAAGUAGAUCAAUUAGUCAAUCAAUUAACUGCAAUAGAUUAUAAGAAGGAUCCUCUCGAUCAGGAAGAUUCAAAUCCAGAACAUAUUCAAAAUCAUCAUAACGUGCAAAUUCGAGAUGAACUGGAUACAACGGCGGAUAAUUUACAAUCACCUACUCCACUUUCAUCAGAUUCUGCUACUGAUCGUGAAAAUUCAUCACCAAGUAUCACUCAAGAAUAUCCAUCUGUUCAAUCUCCUAUUGAGUCACCUACUGUUACUGUUGAAAAUUGGUCUGCCGAUGAAAUAUCUCCAGAACGAUCUGCUGCAAUCGAACAAAUUCAAGAAUUAAUACAAAGACUAGCACCAGAAAAUACGACUUAUACAUAUGAUAUUCCUCAUAGUGAAGUUUUACAAAAUAUUCGUCAGAUUACAACUAUUAUUAUGGAUCCACAUGUGUAUGAUUCUCAAAAUGGUUCACAUAUAGUUCCGAAUGAAUAUGUUACAGCUACAGAACCAACAAUUCGUAUAGGAAAUAAUAAUUUACAGAUGAUUCACAUGGAACCAACAUCUUUUUCAUCAAUAACAAAUCAAUAUCAUGAUUACCAAGUUUUCGACUCGAAUGUUAACAGUGAAUCAUCAUUGAUAACUUACGAACACAAUGAUGUAUCAAAUACACCUCAAUUGAUAAUGGAUGAAAAUGGUGAAUACAUAGAAAUACCUGCAGAAGCAAUCAUCCUACCCUAUGAAUAUAAUUCGACUGCGAGUGAUCUUUAUCAAUCAAAUGUUUUACAUGAAGAAUAUAUUUAUAAUUAA